AUGAUCAACAUUAUGGAUGCCGCUGAAACCUCGCCAUUAAGUUGGACUUUACUGCCUUUGAUUGGCAUUUUCACUCUUUUGAUAUUUUGUUUUUUAAAAUCAAAAGCAAAACUUGACAUCAAAGGAAAGUAUGUUCUCAUUACGGGUUGCGACUCUGGAUUCGGUCGUGCUACAGCCAUAACACUUGACAAGAUGGGAGUUUGUGUGUUGGCGACUUGUUUGACAAAAGGAGGUGAACAGAGUUUAAAGUCAGUGACGAGCGAUAAACUCAAAACAUUUCAGUUGGAUGUGACAAACCCAGAGCAGAUCAAAGAAGUUUAUUAUAAGGUCACUGAGUUGAUCAAACGUGAUGGAGGUGCGUAACGUAGUAUCUAAACAAAGUGAGUCGACACUCUUGCUGAAUACGAUCAAUGAUUGUCAUGAUAACAUUCGCUCGCUAUAAGGAUUAGCCACGUCAGUGCCCUAUCUUGUUUUCCUGCUUUGCAAAAACUGCUUUAUGUCAGUUUCUAUUUUCCUAAAACAUUCCUAAAGAAUAAUGUGAUCGGAUCAGCUCUCAUUGGUGUCACGUUGUAGGUCACGGCUCCUUGACAUCUUGGAUUAUUAAGCAUUGUUAUCAACCCUUUCCAAAAUCCCACCCUGGUAUGGUAUUGUGAAAUGAUGGGUCUAAGAUGGGGACCAUUUAACCAGCCGACUAUUAUUGUGAUUAACAACAAAAAAAAAAAGACUGCCCGCCUUAUAACCCGACGACUUUUUAUACAUUCGUUCAAAAUUUCUUCUUGAGCAGGUGGACUGUGGGGACUGGUGAAUAAUGCAGGAAUUGGAUACAUACUGCCGAUCGAUUGGGCGCCGAUGAGAAUAUUUAAACGCACAGCAGAUGUGAAUCUAUGGGGACUGAUUGAAAUGACCAAAACAUUUCUUCCACUUGUCAAGAUGGCCAGGGGACGAGUUGUGAACUUCGCAAGCAUUGGCGGUAAGCUAACUAAGGAAAAACACUAUGGUAUGUUUAUGGCUCCACAAUCCUGACAUCAUCUUGAAAUCGUGAUACAUGACAUGUUUUCUUCAAAUAGGAUCUUUGAACACAAAUAUUAGGGCACAUACCACAAGACACUAAACAACAAUAGUUUCCGCAAUGCCAAUUCACGCAAUAUUGGUAAUCCCCUAAUAGAAUGACUAACAAUGGGCCCUUCAGCUUCGGUCACGUAUCAAAUCCCCGGGAUUUGCUUCCCAGUUUGCUGCACAUUUCUUCUUUAUUGAGUGGGUAUCUUUAGAAGCGGCCACGGGUGCCCUUUACAACUCUCGACUGCCUAAUGUAAAUAGUGUAUUUCAUCCUUAUUGAAUUUGGACGAACAGGAGAGAAACCUGGUAACGAGGUUGGUCAGCUAUUUUGAUUGCAAUGAGGCGCUUUGACGCGAAGGUGAACGGAGUAUGCCAACCUUCUCAAACACGUACAUGACUCAUAUAUAUGAUGAAUAAACGAAUACUGUAUUGGGUGGAUAUGCCGACAUUUGUCCGGCAGCUCAGACACGUCAAAAAAGUUAUCUUCAUCUUAUCUUCCCUCCCCCCUCCCCAACCAGAUCGCACGUUCAGAUCUUUUAGUAUUGAGUAGCUUACAUUGCAGCCAAUCACUAAAUGACUCCUCCAGGUACGUAGGUACAAUGAACUUCACAAGGCCAAAGUGACUCGUUUCUCCUUCAGUUAGGACUUUUCCGCAGAUCAGAGGGGCUGUAUGGUAUAAAGUGUUUGUACUUUUGAUACAUGCAGGUCGUUUUUCUACGUCCUUAUUCUCCCACUAUGCUGUGACUAAGUAUGGCGUGGAGGCGUUUUCAGAUGCGUUAAGACGAGAAAUGUAUCCCUGGGGAGUGAAAGUGAGUAUCUUGGAACCAGGUGCAUUUCAGACCAACAUAAAUCAGCCAUCCAUUAUUGAAAAAGAUUUGAAAGAGGCCUGGGAAAACCUAGAUGAUCAGCUUAAAGAAGAGUACGGAGAGGAAUACUUAAAAGAAGGUAUAUUUUCAUUCUUACAGUUGUGCUUUUCUUACCAUAGACAAGUGAACUGAAACUUGAUUAGCUUAGUGAAAAUGUGCUGUAAGUGAAAUGCACAUAGGACGGAGCUAAUAGAAGCUUUUUUAGACAUUAAAAUAUAGUUGAUUAUCAAAUGAUCAAUGAACUUUGAGAGAACACUAACGAGGAACAGAAAAGGCGAACUGAAGGGGCGUAACAUGAGCAAAAGCAGCGGUGUGCAGAAAAACUGCAGACCGCAUUUUUUUCAAACUUGGUCUGAUGGACCAAGUCUUCCGUCUAUUUAGGCACACUGCCUAAAAAGGAUGGAAUUUUUUCAGACAAGCUAGUCUUAUUCGAAAAUAAUGCUACAGUUUUCUUUCUUUUCUUCCUUACUAAGUAGACAGUUUUUAACAAUUUUCAUGUCAGUUUCAUUUCAAUUUUUCAUCAGGUAACCCUUACAAUGAAACUGACCUUUAUAGUUACGGGCCGGUAUCUAUUGACC